CUAACGCCUAAUUGAAAAUUGAGUUGCUUGUCGAAGUGGUGCGCGCGUAGUUCAACUUCAAGUGUGGUGCUCAAUGGCGGCGGAAACAAAUACGGGCCCCUUUCUGGGUCAACGUCAUGUGCAAACGUUCUUGCUCUUCCUGAGCAUUGUGGUCAACUACAUGGCCAAAUUCAAUGUUGGCGUUGCUGUGGUAGCCAUGACCAAUGCAGAGAGCACCAAUCCCAAUUUUCCGGAGUACGACUGGGAUGAAAUGGAGCGAUCCUACAUUAUAUCCAGUUUCUUUUGGGGCUACAUUAUGACGCAGUUUCUGGGCGGCUGGCUCUGCCGGCGCUUUGGUGCGCGCUGGACUAUGUUUGUGUCCACCAUCGGCUCGGCCUUGCUGGUGCUGCUGGUGCCGUUCCUUGUGGAGUGGGGCGGCUGGCAGGUGUAUUGCGGCAUACGCGUGGGCAUGGGCAUAUUCCAGGGACUUAUGUUUCCCUGUGUGCACGCGCACUUGGCAAACUGGUGUCCUGUGUCGGAGCGCAACAGGCUUGGCGCUUUAGCCAACACGGGCUUGGACUGCGGCACUUUGCUUGCUAUGUUUGUGAGUGGGCAGGUGGCGGCGUCUAGCAUGGGAUGGCCGGGCAUCUUUUACAUAUCUUGCGGCGUGGGUGUGCUCUGGUGCAUAGGCUGGAUGAUCUUCGGCGCCGAUACGCCGCGCCAGUCGAAGUUCAUAAGCGAGGCGGAGCUGAACUACAUAGAGUCCUCCAUCAAUGCGAACAGCAAGCAAAAGGAGGAGCAGGCCAAGGAGUCAAAUCAAAUACCCGUGCCCUGGAAGGCUAUACUAACGUCGCUGCCCUUCUGGGCGCUAUUCCUGGUGCGUUGCACACAAUCCUGGGGCUACUCCACGCUGCAGGCAGAGAUUCCCGCCUACAUGAACGGCGUGCUGCUGAUGGACAUGAAGAGCAAUGCGCUGUACUCUGCCCUGCCCUACUUUGCCUCCUGGCUCAUGGCCUUCGUCUACAUACUAAUCGCUGAUGUGCUCCUCACACGCGGCACUUUAACAAUCACUGGGAUUCGCAAGUCGUUCAGCUCGGUGGCCUCUUGGCUGCCAGCUAUCAGCUUGGUUGGUCUCAGCUUCCUGGACAGCAAUCAGAAGACGCUGGCCAUUGUGCUAAUGACGGCCAGCGUGGGUAUUAAUGCUGGUGCCACAAUUGGCAGUGCGCUCAACACCAUCGAUCUGUCGCCCAACCAUGCGGGCAUUCUCAUGGGCAUUGUCAAUACGGGCGCAAAUGUUGUGCCUAUACUGACGCCGCUCUUGGUUGGCCUCGUGGUUAAAAAUGACCACGAUCGCGUUGAGUGGCAAGUGGUCUUCAUUAUAUCCGCUGUUAUAUUCUUCCUGGGCAAUCUGUUCUACAUCAUAUUUGGACGCAUGGUCAACCAGCCGUGGAACGCAGCGGACUUUCUGGACAACCAACAGGCCGAGAAUUCGCAGGAGGCAGGACAAGCGCGCAGAGCCAGUGCAAAGGCCAUUGAAGCGAGACGAAACUCAAGUGAUAGCUUUUAAAACAAUAUUAAUAUAAA